UAUGUACAAGGUAAGUGUAAAUUAUAUUGCGGCUGUGAGGUAUCGUGCUUUACCACGCAUGCGCCACUGGAAUAAGAUUCAAGAUGGCGGGAGGAUAUCCAGACAGGCGAGAGCGAAGCGAUCGGACGGUCGCACAGCUGAUAGGACAGUGACGUCAGUAAAACAAAGCCAUGCGCGGUCGAUCGGAGCCGCGAAGCAGACCGAACGAACCGUGCUGUCUCGCUGCCAAACAUUGGGCGUCCGCGAAACAGUGAGCUGGAUUUUCCAAGGUUUCUCGCGGGGAGAGGUACGGUUGCGCGCGCGACUACGCUCGUCUCGCGCUCUGCUCGCAGACGAUGCCGUUCAUAUCGAAGGAUUGGCGCAGUCCUGGCGAGGAAUGGGUCAAGACCGUCGAGGGUUGGGAAAAGAAAAAAAUCCUCGAGUGCGCCAACAAUAAAACGCUUUCACUCCUGCUACGCGGCGACAAGGAUGCACUGGACAACAAGAAGGAGAAGGACAAAAGGAAGGAGAACGUCGUCCAGCCGCAUUGCCACAUCACGCUCAAGUGCACGCGCGAGAUUGCGGGUUUCAACGGGUUGAGCGACGCACUGAAGAGGCUUGACUUUUUGUCCGCGGUGCACGAUUGCCGGCGUUUCAAUUACAUCGUUCGACUGCUCGACCUUCUGGUCAGUCACAGAAUGGGCGGUCUCAGCGGAUGCGCCCAGCGAGUUUUGUUCAACAUGCUCGAAGAAGUUGCGCUGGAAGUGUCGUUGUCGCAGCAGCAAACCGGGAGGCUUCGCCGCUUAAUCGAAAGAGUACGAGCGUUUAGCGCGGGGUGCUGUUGGGGUGGAAGACCUCUAGGCUCUGUGAUCCUGUGGGAGAAACACAAAGCAGCUCUCGAGAGAAUCUUGCAGAUCGCAUCAUCGAUCACUAUAACUCAGCCGGACGAGAAACAACAGCCGCAGUGGUCCGAUUUGCCUCCUGAAUGCCGUCGAGAAGUGCUUCUGCGACUGAGCGACCCGCGGGACAUCGAAGCUUCUUCGGAAGCCUGCGAACAUUUGGCUAUACUGGCUCAGGAACAAAGAAUUUGGCGAGAGCUUGCCCAGUACCAUUUCACGCCCCAACAGAUAACCGCUACCAGACAAAAUAAUCCUGGAAAAGACUGGAAAUCUAUAUUUACCAUUGCUCGAAGGUCGUUCGGACUCCGAGAAGAAUACGCAGAGAUGAUUCAGUUGUGCCGCAACUGCCGUUGCUUAUUUUGGCGGUCGUUGGGCCAUCCUUGCAUCGCCGACCAGGAUCCAGCGUUUCAAGAGAAACUAGCGGACGUGGAUCAAGCCUCUCUUCAUGUUCCGAUUCCUCCGCAGACCUUCCUCAAGUUCUUCUCGCUAUGAAUGCUUCGCACGCGGCCGCGAAGCCUGAACGCGAUCGAAUACGUACCACAGAAACGUCGGGACCGAUCGCGAUCACGAUUGUGAUCGAUCUCGUCCGAAUACCUGGGAUUUGCCAGCUAAGCGGCGCGUGGCCCAAAUAUCAAACUGAAAAGUGGGCAACUACUUCGCGUUCGAAACGCGUUAUUCUUCGCCUAGAGACUUUAACGUUGUCGUGCAAACUUCGAACUAACAUUAUGAGAGAAGAAUAUCAUUUUCGCAGGUUAUAUCCGUGCUCCAAUGUUUCUCCGGUUUCGAACCGAUCGCGGAGAAUCGUUAGCAACUUUUUUCUCGCUAGUUUCGUUUUUCUCGAGAUGUUCAAGAUUCUUAACGCGACGACGCGCGAAAUUCCGCGAACGUACUUCUAGCUCAAACACGUCUCGCGUUUCGUGGAUAUUUGAGCGGUAAAACAUCGGUUGUUACACGAAUGUACAAAAUUCUGGAUUCGUUAUGCGCGAAACGAAAACACGAAUUCGGUGCUGCUCCGAACGCGCGGGUACAGUGCGUUUCGACGACGCACGCACGACACCCCGUUUAGAAAAUUAUGCGACCGUUCGCGGCGUUCUUUUGUCCCUCCUCUCGGCAGCUGUUGCAACGACACAGUUCCCAUUUAGGUGAAUUUAUUUUCGAAUUUUUGCAUUUAUUUCAGUCGUUCAAAGCGUUUUUACACUUACUUAUAUCCGUUUUUAUAUGUAUAUUGUACGCGCCAUACGUUCCACAACGGAAGUUCGUAUUUUAUCCUCGUCGAAGACGGAGUUCGAAAAUAAGCUACGUACAUUUCGAAUAAUACAGACCAAUGUCCGAACAUGAUCCUAUCGCAAUUCUAAAGCCGAAGAGAUUACGAUCUGGCUAUCAGUUGUCCAAACAGUAGUUCGGAUCCACGGACGUAAGGAAAGAAAGAUAGAAGGAAUGAAAACAACCGCAUGCAGACUUCGUCUUCGCGUUCUGUAUACUCGUUCAAGAAAAAGGAAAAAUCUCCUAUUUACGAUGCUUAGUAUACAUUUAUUGUAUGUACUGGUUCAGCAGUAACGUCGUCGGGUUUUCCAAGAUGUCGUAGAUGUUGUAUGAUAUUUAAUGAUCUUUUUUCAUUUGAAACGCUAAAAAUUAUACUGCCAAAACGGAUGCUAUUGCAUUUAGACGAAUUGAAGCGUUUUCUGUGUAAAUUCAGUUAAUAACAAAUACGGCAUAGUUGUUUUGAUAUUACGUUUUUCUUAAUGGCAACAGUUACGAUCGUUGCACGCGUGUAUAUGUAUAGUUUACUACCUUGACGGAUUAGUAGAAGAAAAAUCGAACGACCAAACAAACGGUGUACGUAAAACCUACAUACGUUCUUUGGCAAAUAAAUUCAACACGAGCUACGGGAUAUCGGUGCAAAAUUCUAGUAGCUCGUCGAUCGUUGCACUGUUUCAUGCACCGACCUGCGCGCUCUUGGAUCGACAUUAUUUUAUUUACGUAAAUAACUGUAGAGCAGCGUUGUGUAAAAUGCUUUAAAAUAAAAAAUUUAUCUGUAUAUACAUUAAA